AUAUUUCUAAAGAGCAAAGAGGGAUUCUAAUGUAAUAAGAAAAUCCAAGCCAAAUCCCCUUAUCGCUUCAUUUUCCCCUCUUACAGUGCGCCAUGGCAGCUCUCAAUCUUCCAUCUCUUUCCAAAACCUUAAACCCUAACUCUCAAUUCCAAAACCUCCCUAAAACCCCAACUUUUCUUCUCUCUCUUUCCUACCCUUUUUUCACCACCUCUCUUUCUUCAAUUCCACCCGCAAAAAGUUCAAGAUUCCCAGUUGUAAGAGCCAUUUCUGAUGGGGAAUACUCUUCUAAGAGGAGCAGUAACAGUGACGAAAGGGAAACUAUUAUGUUGCCUGGAUGUGAUUAUAACCACUGGCUUAUUGUCAUGGAGUUCCCCAAAGACCCUGCUCCUACUCGAGAACAAAUGAUUGAUACCUAUCUUGACACUCUUGCCACCGUUCUUGGCAGUAUGGAAGAGGCAAAGAAGAACAUGUAUGCCUUUAGUACUACCACUUACACUGGAUUUCAGUGCACUGUAUCUGAAGAAACAUCAGAGAAAUUUAAGGGUCUACCUGGAGUUCUGUGGGUCCUUCCUGAUUCUUAUAUAGAUGUGAAGAACAAGGACUAUGGAGGAGAUAAGUACAUCAAUGGAGAGAUAAUUCCUUGUCAGUAUCCUACUUACCAACCCAAGCAGUCUAACAGAACAAGAAGCAAGAGUAAAGCAUAUGUAAGAAGAAGAGAUGGUCCUCCGCCUGAACGAACAAGACAAGCAGCAGCUCCCGAGUCUUCCUCCUAAAACUUCAACGGUCCAUUUUGAUUUUAUCUGAUCUUAGAGUCGAAUUCCCAUUUGGAAAUGCCAAUAUAUCAUUCAUAGUCUCAUAUUGGUGGGCAAUUUAACAAAGAUAUGCUGGUGCUUAAAGGUUAGAUGAAAAUACACUGCUGGUCUAGGAGUUUGGUGGACUGCACUUAUUAUUUUAUCUUUCCUCUAGACUAGCUUCCUGGUUGCAUUAUUGAGAACGAGAAAGAAAGCUGUGUCAGUAUGUAAUUUUGAUCAAGACCAGGUUAUUCUAUGUUCAAAGCUUGAAUAUGUAGGUGAUGACUAAUUAUGCGUU